AUGGCAACAUCAGUUCAAGAAGCAAGAUAUAUAUUAUUAUAUUUAGGUAGGAUAUCAUUCCUUGGUGUUGACUAUGUCAGAGAUAGAGCUAAACCUCAAUUCUUGGCUAAUAAAGAUCUAACUGAUUUAGAAGAAAUCAACAAAUGUAUAAAUAGAACGAAAUACGUAGUUGGAGAGGUAGAGGCUAUGCACAAGUUUCACAAAUACAGAACACUAAAGAAGGCAUAUGAUCGAGAAUUUCAAUUGGUCAAUGAUCAAUUCAAUGUAGAGACAUUUAAUUUAAAAGACAAUAAUGAUAAUAUGAAUCAAAAGUCUUGA